UUCCCCUCUUAAGACCCUUUUUACAUCCCACUCUUCCUUUCCAUUUUCCUCUCUAUUUCUCUUCAUUUCCUUCCAUCUCUCACAACCAUUAAAAAAAAACUUGUCAAACUCCAUUGAUAUAAACCUAAAAAAGCUUAGCUUAAUGGGUCUUGAUGAUGCAUGUAAUACGGGACUCGUUCUAGGGUUAGGCUUCUCAUCGACGCCGGAAACUCCAUUCAAGGCCGACAACCAAACGCCCAGGAAGUCAACAGCCAAGGUGGCGCCGGUCAAAAGUUUGGAACCAUUCCUUACGCUGGGUCUUUCCGGUGAUAGCUACGGAGUUACUGUUACCAAAAAGGUUGAUGUCAACAACAAAGGUGGUGGUUAUCUUCAUCAUCGCCAUGAAGACUCUCCCCCCACCGCUGCCGCCGGUGAUUUGUACCGUCCAGGUUCUCCCCCUAGUGCUGUUUCAUCAUUUUCUAGUGGUAGGGUGAAGAGGGAGAGAGACCAUAGCUGCGAAGAAGUCGAGGUAGAGAAGAAUUCGUGUAGAGUUAGCGAUGAAGACGAAGAUGGCGUCAAUGCAAGAAAGAAACUUAGACUCACCAAACAACAAUCGGCUCUUCUCGAGGAAAGCUUCAAACAACAUAGCACCCUCAAUCCUAACCAAAAACAAGCUUUAGCAAGGCAAUUAAACCUGAAACCUAGGCAAGUUGAAGUCUGGUUUCAAAACAGGAGAGCCAGGACAAAGCUUAAGCAAACUGAGGUGGAUUGUGAGUUUUUGAAGAGGUGUUGUGAGACACUCACAAAUGAAAACAGGAGACUGCAAAAGGAGUUACAAGAACUCAGAUCACUGAAAACGGCGGCUCAACCCUUUUGCAUGAACAUGCCGGCGGCCACUCUCACCAUGUGCCCAUCUUGUGAAAGAAUCGGCGGCGUUGCCGGCGAUGGGAAUUCCAAGAAUCCAUUUUCGAUGCCGUCAAAGCCUCGUUUCUAUAAACCCGUCACUAAUCCUUCUGCAGCAUGUUAAUCAAUUAAGUUUUAUAUAGAAUUUAGUAACAAAAUAAUGGGAGAGAACAGAAAAAAAACCCACAUCCUCUCUAUUUUUGGGUAAAAAAGGGUUUGCAGUGGAUUAAAAGGUAGUGUAACUGUAAUUAAUUAAUUAAUUUCUAGACAAGAAAAGAACAGUAGAAUUACUGAUCAAUCUCCUCUCUUUUUAAUUUUAUAUUUGUAAAUGAUCAUUAGAAAGAUACAGUAUCUAUAUGUAUUAUUUUUAUUCCAUGCUACUAUCCCUUUGGUCAAUUCGUUAUGUAAUUUGAUUUUUUAUUAAUAUGUAUUAACGUUGGUUA